AUGAUGGGCCCGCAGAGGAAGAGAAAAGAUCGGGUCCCACCAGACUCGGGGUCAUCUAGACCUUCCCCGCAUCGUCCUCAGGAUACCUCACUAGGGCAGCACGACCGAAGCUUUGAUGGGAGCAACCGCAACAAUCGGGCAGGAGCAGGUGGCGGCGGUGGUGGGAACAGAAACCUCCGGAGAGAUAAUCGUCGCGACUCCUCUCAAUCUCAUAUUGCGCCUCCUCCAUCAUCAAGCGCUCCGGCUUCAAUAUCUCCAACCAUGGCUCGACCAUCGAGUGCCUCUUCGCAAACCCCUCUGCCUCCUUUGACGACAACCGUCACCCCAACACCAGCACCCCAGUCAGCACCCCCAUCUCCCAUUCUGGUUGAUGAGGAUUAUACCAUCGUCACCGACGACUGCAUUAGCAGAUGGAGCAAGGGCGCCCGCCAACAGAUCAUCGAGCAUGGUGUCCAAUCUCGCGAGGACGAGGAUCUUACCGAGGUCGCUUCCAUCUUCCAGGAGCUUGUCUGGUCAGUCAACACCGGCAGGCUACGCGGCGUCGACGCUGGCGGUGUCGUGAGGGAAAUCCUGGGGCCUGAGCCGUCGGAGGAGGAGCGCGAAGCUGGGGCUUUCGACCCGCAUACUUUGUUCUUGGACACAGUUGGCAGUUAUUCCGACACCCAGACGGACUCCGUACGACAGCAGUUUCAGGAUUUCAUGAUGGCUAGCGGGGUCUCUCUGUCCCUUAUGCGCGUCGAUCUUGACCCUUCAGUUCUGGCGCCUCUCGAGCUGGUUCGCGACACCUUUUUUAGAAUGAGUAUUCGCACCUCCACCAAUUUGCUCUACCGCCAGGCAAGUUACAACCUGUUGCGUGAGGAAACCGAGGGCUUCUCCAAGCUAGUGACGGAAAUCUUCACCACGUGUUCCAACGAGCCGGCCUCUUCGGAGGUUGUACAGGAUACUUUUAACAAGGUUAUGGGCCUUAUUGGGACCUUCGAUCUGAAUCCCGGCCGAGUUCUUGACAUUACAUUGGAUGUGUUUGCCGCCAUUCUCGUCAAGCAGUUCCGUUUCUUCAUCAAGUUUCUUCGCUUCAGCUCUUGGUGGCCGCGAAGCCAACUCACAUUGCCAACUGAUACCUACGUUGGCGGGCUUCCAUUAUGGGCCCACCCAGAUCACGAGAGUCCAUUUAACAGUGAGGAGGAGGAUGCGAUGGCGGCGGCCCAGCGUUUGCAACGAGAUAUCGCCUUCUGGGAGAGGGCCCGCCAAGUCAAACUCGACGCCUUCUUUGAACUGGGUGGUAGACAGCUUACUGCUGCCGACGAAGAACGACUGGCGAACGGCACUGCUGCAAAGAACGCAGAAUCCGAGAUUGAGCAGGAGUGGAUUAGGAUCACCAGAACACUUCCGCCUUGCGGUAACCGCGACGCCGCUCAGAUGCUUGGCUUCAAGUUGCGCUUUUACACGUCGGAUGCCAGAGACCCGGAAGAUACCCUUCCCGCCAACCUAUUGUACCUCACAGCACUCUUGAUCAAAGUGGGUUUCAUAUCCUUGACAGAUAUCUGGAACUUUAUAUGGCCCCGCGACGAGGAGAUGGAGGAAACUAGAGCCGAAAAAAUGAAGGAGCUGGAGGAGAAAGAAAGGGCUAAUCGCCCUGGCGCCGCCAAGAAUGCUCUGAUGAUGGCUGGUGCUCUACCGGAUGAGGGCCCCUCCGGCCAGCCCAUCAACUCUUCCCGCCGCGAUGCCGCUUCAAACAAGGCCGAUACGGAAAUGAAGGGUGCGGACUCUACGGAAGACAAGCCGAAGCUCCCCAAGCCUCAGGACCAAAAGCUUCAUCUUCUCCAUUGUCUUCUUAUCAUCGGUGCUCUUCCAGAGGCGCUUUUUAUGAUUGGACGACACGACUGGGUUCUUGAGGCCGAUCCGGAAACCGUGACCUUGCUUCACCGAAUCCUUAGACACUCUAUCGAUGUUGUCUACAACCAAAGCCGCCCGACGGCAGCGGCGUCAACCGACUGCCCCCCCAAAGCAAUGCCUGACAUGGAUCAGAGUGGUGUGACCAAAGGCAGUAUCAGGGUCAGCACGGCACCUCCUAAGCGUCCCUUGAAAUGGCCUCACGUCGACAAGAAUGAUCACGACGGCUCCAACUACCGGUUCUAUUGGGACGAGUGGGCUGAUAACGUCCCUGUUUGUCAGACAGUCGACGACCUGUUUACCCUCUUCGAUACCCUGAUGAAUGUGGUGGGCGUCAACAUCGGCCUGGAUGCUGAUCUGAUGGCCAAACUUAGCAGCAUCGGCACUAAGAGUCUUGCAGAUGAUCAAUCGCCAGAAAAUGUCAGCCGGUGGCUUGAUAUUCUCAAACGUCUCUUGGUGCCAGCGCUGAGCCUGGGGGAAACCAACACUUCGGUGGCUGACAGUGUGUGGAACCUUCUCAAGCAAUAUCCCAUCAGCAUUCGGUACAACAUCUAUGCCGAGUGGUACCAAGGGUCUAUUUCUCGACUAGAACCCAUUCGAAAGGCUUUUGCAAAGACCAGAUUGGAGACACUCAGCAUUCUCAAGCGGUUGUCGCUCACCAACAUUCCGGAAAUGGCCAAGAGCCUGGCCAAGAUUGCUUAUCCAUCCCCAGGAAUCGUCUGCAAAGUCUCACUCUCCCAAAUCGAAUCCUACAGCAACUUCAUCGAGGCUUUUGUCGAAUGCACCAAGUACUUUACGGAUCUUGGAUAUGACGUCUUGGUCUGGUCGGUUCUGAGCUCUCUCGGUGGCCAACAGAGAAGUCGUACUCAGGAGGACUCAGUUCUGCUCACGAGCAGAUGGUUACAAGCGCUGUCCAAGUUUUCCGGCAGAGUCUUUCAGCGCUAUGCCAAUGUUGACUCGUCCCCAAUCCUUCGAUAUGUUCACAACCAACUCCUCCAAGGAAACUCGACUGAUCUCGUCAUUUUGAAGGAGCUGGUUGUGUCAAUGGGCGGUGUCGUGUCCGACCUUGACUUCACAGAUGCCCAGUUGCACGCUAUGACGGGUGGCGAGUUACUUCGGCGUGAGACUCUGAUCAAUCUCGGCGACAAGCGGGCGGCGUCUACUCGCAGCGCUGAGCGUCUCAUGAGGGCGUUGACGAGCUCCAAGUUAGCAGGCCAACUUCUCAUCAACAUCGCUCAGUACCGGCAGAACGCCAUCUAUGCUGAGGAAGGCGGUGCACGUAUCAAAUACUUGGCCACAGUCGUUGACGACACCCAUCAGAUUCUCCUCCAGUAUCUCGAUCUACUGAAGAGCAACCUAGAUGCCGUCACCUUCAACAAUCUCGUUCCUGACAUCCUCCAGCUCAUGCGGGACUUUGGCUUGGAGGCCAACCUUGCCUUUUUGAUUCGACGGUCCAGCAUUCGCUGGGAAGUGAAGGGCACCGCCAACUCAACCGAGCUCGCCAAGGUCGCUGCGGACGGGGAUGGUGAUGUUGCAAUGGAUGCGGCUGAUGAGAACGGGGCCUCUGGCUCAGAUGGCGCUGAGAAUGGCUCGCCCAAACCCCCCGAGAACCGUGUGCCAGAGUCUUUAGCUGAGGCCCUCGCGCCACUCAUCGAAGAGAUACCCAGUGUGCUCCCACAACAAGAUUGGCGAUACAUCAGCCCAUCGUUCUACGUCUUCUUCUGGUCACUCCACCUAGGCAACCUACUCUUCCCCCAGGAAAGUUACCAAGUGGAGAAUAGCAGACUCAUCAAGCAGGCAGAAGAAGUCAUGAGGGACAGAACGGACAUGACUCGGCACGGGAUGAACAAGAAGACCCAGAAACGGAACGAGAUCUUGGAUCGCCAAAAGCUUCUCUUGAAGGAGAUGAACGAAGGCCUCACCCGUUUCUCCAAAGCUAGAGUCCACCUCGGCAGACAAGUCGACAGCUGGUUUCCAGCACCCAUCACCAAGGCUGAUGCAGCAUCGGACGCGCUUCUCGAGGAGUGCAUCUUACCCCGUUUGCACCUCUCACCGUUGGAUGCCGAAUUCUGCUUCAGACUGGUCAAGUUUUUGCACGAGUUCUCUACUUCAAACUUCAAGCUCAUGUCACUCUACGAUCGACUCUUCAACCACAACCGUCUCCGGGCCAUCAUCUUCACCUGCACCGUCCGCGAAGCUGAACAUGUUGGCCGGUUCUUGAAGCUCAUCCUUGGCGACUUGUCCAAGUGGCAUGGUGAUAAGAAUGCUUACGAAAAGGAGGCCCUGGGCCUGAAGGAGGUUAGCAAAACUCGCCAGUACCUUGGUUUUGCAACCGCUUUCGACGCGGAUGGAAAGCCAACCGAGUUUGUCGAGCAUGAUGCAUUCAAAGAUCUGCUGUUCAAAUGGCACAAGGAACUGAACACCGCCUUGAGAUCUUGCCUGAAUGGCAUGGAAUGGAUGCAUAUUCGAAAUGCCAUCACCGUUCUCAAGUCCGUCAUUGAUUACUUCCCCGCCAUCAACUUCAUGGCCGACAAAUUUCUUGAGCAGCUCAAGACCAUCACUGAACGUGAAGCUGCUUCCAAGAAUGCAUCCGAAUCCGAAAUGGGCCACCGUGUCGAUCUUUCUGUCACCGCGCAGACUGCCUACUCCGAACUACAGAAGAGAAAGUCGAAAUGGAUCCUUGUUCAGGCAUUCAGGCCAGGCGCUAAGGGCGAUUCGACACCAACGCCUGGGCUCCGUGGCUCCGCAACAGAAUUCAAGCCAGCCGGCUCUCGCGCGCACCAAGCUGAAGUUGAAGACGGCGAAGUUACCAAGGACGGAGCAGGCAAGAAGAAGAGUGAUUCAAGGGCAAGGGAUGAAAAGCACAUCCUGCCGAAACCCCCGCCCCCGCGGGAACCUCUGCGAGAGUCUAAUGGACCUGGUCAGAGGGUGGGCCCAGCCAACGGCCCAUCUGGAAAGCCGAACAGUUCUCGAUCGAACCCAACCGGGCCAGCAUCUUCUGGUGGCCGCCCUGAACGGCAUGAGCGACAUGAGCGUCCGGAGCGGCCGGAACCACCCAAGUUCUCAACCCUCCCACCAGUUGGUCAUGGCCUACCAAACAAACCAGAUCUUCCGGCUAGGCCCGAGCCUGCUUUCUCAAGAGGCGCCAACGAUAGGUUUGGAGCGACGCGUCACGAUAGGCGUGAGCCUCCAGCUCGCGACGCCCGUGAUUUCAGCAGGGACAGUCGCGACUCUCGUGAUUCUCGGGAGCUGAGAGAAGCCAGGGAUUCACGGGACGCCCAUCCAGCACACCCACCCCUUCCUUCUCACCCAUCGCACGCACGUGAUGCCCGUGAUCCUCGCGAUCCCCAUGGUCCUCGUGAGGCUAGAGAUUUCCGCGCUCCAGAAGUUCCACGCUCAGAGCGGCCUCGCGACUUUUCAUCUGAUCGACGAGCCACUGAUGCUGGUCCGCGGGACCCUGCUCGCGCUUCAGAGAGGGACUGGUCAACCCGCAGUGAACUGCCCCCUCGAUGGAAUGAGCACGGUGCGCCCGCUGACAGAGACGCCCGUGGUCCUCGUGACCGGGCGCCACAUGCUUCCGGUCGACAUGAUCCAAGAGGACCUAGAGAACCACCGGUGGGACAAUCUCCUCAGACCAGUUCGGCAUCGAAUGCGUCCCAAGAUCCGCCCACUCAUCCAGAUCGUGCUCGUGCUAUUGCGGAUGCCGAUCGGCCCGACAUCAUCAAUCCAGCUAGAGCCGCGCUCAUCAACGACAGCAGAGAUGCGCCUCCUCGUUCGGGUCAUAGAGAUCAGCUCCGCGAUCGGCCUGGUCGGACUGAAUCGCCGAGACGAACAGAUCACUCCGCGGCGAAUGCAGCACAGCCGGACAACUCGCGGGAUGAGCGACAUGGGCGUCACCGUCACUCGGAUCAUCAUAAUACGAGCCGGGAAGGUCGUCCAGACAGCUUACCAUCGCAUCCCCGUCAGGAUCGCACUCAAGAUCAUGGCUCCUCACACUCCCGUCCGGAUCGCAACACAGAUCACACUCAGCCUCAUGGACGCCAGGAUCGCAACAUUGAAAAUGUCCCGUCCCAGCCUCGCCAGGAUCGGAAUAUCGACAAUGCGCCAUCACAGCCCCGCUCGGACCGCAAUGCUGAGCGCGAUGACAGAACGGCGGGGUCUAGGGAUGCUUCAUUUGGUGGCCCGCCGCGCUCGGAUCCGGACCAUGGUAGAUUGAACCAGCAGGAUCCCAACUACGGCCGGCUCCAACCCAUCCAGUCGGUGGUUGACAUGCCUACCGGAGCUCCCCCGUCCGGACCCAGAGGUAGAGGUGGUAGAAACACAAACAGAAUGGGUCCUGCCAACGGGGUGUCUAUGCGUCCCGAUACUAGGCCUUCUGUGCCAGAGUCAGUUCGCCCCGCGUCGCCUGAGCGUCAAGUGCCUACUGGGCCCGCGGCAGGCCGGCAGCGGCAGCAACAGCGCGGUAACCAGUUUGAGAAAACCAACUCGCCCACUGUUCCUACAGCGCCUGCGGCAGGUGUUCAUCCAGAUAGAAUGCGGCAUAUCAACAAUCAGCAAGCGCCCAGCGCACCCUCCCCGCCUCCUGGACCACCCACUGGCCCGUCUGGUAUCCACCCAGAUCGUCUGAACCAGAUCUCGGGUACUCCUUCCGGCACCGCAUCUCACUCAAGGCCACCGAUCAACACACCUGAUCGGCCAUCCAUGUCGGCACCGAACACGGGGUCAAGGCAGGCACCUCCACCCCUGAACACGGACUUUGCCACGCCUACCGGCCCAGCAGCGUCUAACGACCGCAUGAGGUCCGGUGGGAGACAGCUUAGGAACAUCCAAAACAUGAUUGACAAGACGUCUAUGGAGAACAACCGCGGUCCUGGACUGCGGAUGAGUCGCUCUCGUCCUAACUUGGCGGGUUCAGACGCGCAGAUUCUCGCUGGUUCUUCUCCUGUCACGACUCCUGUUCAGGAACGCCCCGAGCCAUUCCCGCGGGAUUCUGGACGCCGUGAUGUGAAUGUCGACCGUGCUCCAGCUGCACCUGUUCCUAUUCAGGUGGUAGGAGACAGCCGGUCGAAUGGAGACGACUAUGGAUCAAGCCGUAACGAGCACGACAGGAGUCGCCGGGAACAUAGGAGUGAUCGCAGCAACCGGCCAUCUAGGACUAGCAGUCGAGAGCGCAAUUCCGACCGUGACCGCGACGCCAAGGAGCCACGGGACUACAACCACAGGCGAUCAGGCGUUUCUUCAUCCGGCGUCCCGAGUGCUGGCCGUGAUGACAGGGAUCCGAAUGCUCCCCGCCGCUCCGGCCGUGAAUCUCUUCCGGGUGGUGGGGGAAGGGACAUGCCGCCAGCUGGACCGCGCGAGCCUACUCAUCGUGGCAGCAAUCGCAGUGAUGGCAAUGCUGGUCCACGGAGCGAUGCGGUACAGCCUGGAAGGAAUGAUGGGCAUGGUGGUGGUGGUCAGGACUACGGCUCCGGUCGGACAGGCCCUCCACGCGGAGGCAUGCCGCAGCCCAGGGACUCAAGAGGGCCUCCCAGGCAGCCCAGCGACCAGCAUGGUGAUGGACGGAAUGGGGGGAAUGAUAGGAAGCGGAGGAGCGAAGGGUUGGACUCUGGGAAUCAUCAGGACAAGCGGCCACGUCGGAGUUAGCAACACAGGUAUGGUCAAGGUCCGAACGAUAGGAGGAUUCAGUGAGGUGGCCAAAGAGAUUUAACGGGGUUGGUUAUGGAGGAAUUUGUGAAGGGGGAAGAAGAAGAUUUGACCAAGGAAGCAAAAGUGAGGAUUUUUGUGUUGGGACGGGAUCAUGAAUGGUCAUUGGUCAUCACGUCAUAUUUUCAUCUGGUCAGUCGACGUCUACUCCAUACCAUUUUUUGUGAUUUGGAAGGAAGGAAAGAGUGGUUGUUUUCUUUUAUACCGGACGGACUCGACCUUCUUCGACAGCGAAAUUGUUUCAUUGAAUGUUUUAUUACCUACCUACUACCUACCUACCUUUUCUCCCAACGACCAGAAAAAGUCAGACGAGAUUGCGAAAGCGAGAGAGGAAAGGCAGGGGAGAAAUUAUAAUUGUACCAACAUCAAACCAAAACCAAAACCCUUGUGCCAACCCCCCCACCCCCCUCCCCGAAACCUACGAACCUACGUGUGCGGUGCGAUACAGCAAAAGUUACGACUGCGUCUUCUCUACUACUUUACGAUUUUGAGAUACCCGGUGACGGAGUUGCCAUCACUAUUCUUGUUUAUAUAUUUGUAUUUGUUUGCUAGAGCGCUAUGCAUUGGUAGACACGAAUAUUCGGUAGAUAUGCUAUCCCCAACAUAUGAAAAAGGGGUAUAGGCGUUUAAAAAUCUUGAUAUGAUGGGAAGUGUUUGUGGAAAAUUUAAGUUGGGAGGACAGGUCAAGGUUGAGGGAUAUAGCGUGUUUUGUUUCAGCAGGGAUAUGGUAAGGGGAGCUCUUGCUUGAUCAGGUAGCGUCUGGGGAAUAAAAGAGGAGUUUACGAGUAGAUCACUUGUAUUUGUGAGGAGUAUCAAAGGUGUCUAGAAUCGUGUCAGCGGAAUGACCAGGCUUGCUGGUUAUUGCGGCAGGCGAGGGAGGUGGGAGAUCUGAGCUUGAUGACAGAUCUCGAGUGGCUCUUGAAGUCUUGGUGAUUGAUGAAGUCGGAAGAUGGAGUGAGGUAAUGUGUUAUUGUGGUAAUAUGGUAGUGUGUUAAUGUGGUAAAGGGGUGAUGUGAUGUUAUGUUAAUGUGCUAAUGUGCUAAUGUGCAAAAGUGGCAUUGUGUCAAAGGGAAAGCAAAACAGAGACAGUGUACAAAGCUUUAGAAGCCGCUCUGGGACGGCUGGAAUUGUUGGCUUUUAUUUGGUAUUACAGCAGACUCUGGCAUGUCUGAUAAUCUCAGAACUGGCGAUGCCGUUGCUGGCAUUGCCGUCUCUCAGUGAACAUCGCUCCUUCCACUCUAGAGUACCUUUCCUUAUACCAUCACUCCUUAUCAAUCUGUCAGUAUUUGUCCAUCUCAUCGUUCUUUCCCAACCACGUCACCCCUGCCCAUCUUGACUCCUCCUUCUUCCCCA